AUGUCCAAGCCCUCAGGUCCGAGUACGCUUGCCUUGUCGCUCCUCAGAGUGUACAAGUCGAACCGGUCGCUCUUCCUUAACGCCUCGUAUAUCAUCCUUUUGACGGCAGCGUUCAGCAAGGCCACCCACACAGAAAGUCCCAGUGGGUCCAAGAAAGGCAGCAAGGAUGCCAAAGACCCCAAAGACGCCAAAGACAUCGACACCUCCAAGGCCAAGACUCGCAUGUCGCGCGAGUCGUUCAUCAGCUUGAUGAAGGUGACUCUUCCUCUGGUGGCCAACUCCGCCUCGUGGUACUUGGCGUCCCACUUGGUGUUGUUGGUGAUCCGUGCCUACAUCACCAUCAAGGUGGCCAGCUUGGACGGUAAGUUGGUCGGAGCGUUGGUUUCUAAGCGGUUGAGACGGUUCUCCAGAUUGUUGUUGUACUGGAUGCUUAUCGGGUUCCCAGCAGCCUUGGUCAACGGGCUCUUGGCCUGGACCAGACACAGGUUGAGCAGAUCUAUCAGAAAGAACCUCAACGACGGCAUCAUGGAGGACUAUCUCCCCGAUAACCUUGAUGCCAACUACUACUCCCUCAUCCACUUGUCAGGAAACAAGAUCAAAGACCCCAACCAAAGAAUCACCACCGAUAUCUCUAGAUUGGCCAACGCCUUGAGUAACUUGCCUGGCCAGUUGUUGAAGCCCACCUUGGAUUUGCUUUUAUGCGCCCAGGAGUUGAGCAAGAGUGGUGUUGGUAACGGUGAAGGAACCUUGGCCCUUGGGUUAUUGGCUCACUUCUCCACCAUGAUCCUCAGAUUAUUCUCCCCACCUUUCGCCAAGUUGGCCUCCGAAAAGGCCAACUUAGAAGGCCAGUUAAGAUCCUCUCAUUCUAAAAUCGUCUCCAACAAUGAAGAAAUUGCCUUGUUGAGAGGUCACAAUAAGGAGUUGGACUAUAUUGACUAUUGCUACUAUAACUUGGAACGGUUCCUCAAGAACGAGUUCUGGAAGAAGGCCGUCCACGAAAUUGCCCAAACCUUCAUCGUCAAGUACUUGUGGGGUGCUGCCGGUUUGGUCUUGUGUUCCGCUCCUGUUUUUAUCCUGAAAUACAUGGGUGAAGAACCAAACCCUGAUCAUGCUGGAGAUUUCAUCACUAAUAGAAGAUUAUUGAUGAGUGCCUCUGACUCUUUGGAUAGAUUGAUUUAUUCCAGAAGAUACAUCUUGCAAGUGGUCGGACAUGCCGCCAGAGUUUCCGAUUUCAAAGAUAUUUUGGAUGGUUUGAAGAACAGAUCUACUACCAGUAAGAACGUUAAAAUCAACAACGAUGAGAUUAACUUCAAGCAUGUCAGACUUACUACUCCAGCGGAUGUCACCUUGAUUGAAGACUUGAAUUUCUCUAUUUCCAGUGGCGACCACUUGCUUAUUGCCGGACCAAAUGGUUCUGGUAAAUCCUCAUUAUUCAGAAUCUUGGGUGGUCUUUGGCCAUGUAAGUAUGGAGAAAUCAGCAUUCCAAACUCGAAGAAUGUUUUUUACUUGCCACAAAGAGCUUAUUUGUGCCAGGGUUCAUUGAAAGAACAAAUCAUCUACCCUCACAGUAUUAAACAAUACGAGGCUCAAGACAAGAAAGACAACGACUUGAAAGAAAUUUUGAAGAUCUUAAAGCUUGAAGAUUAUUCCGAUAGUCUUGAGUUGGUCAAGAACUGGGAUGAAGAAUUGUCUACAGGUGCUCAACAAAGAUUAGCAAUGGCUAGAUUAUUCUACCAUCAACCUAAAUUUGCAGUCUUGGACGAAUGCACCUCUGCUGUUUCUCCAGAUAUGGAACAGUUCAUGUAUGAACAUGCUCAAAGCUUGGGUAUUACAGUGUUAUCUGUUGCCCAUAGAUCUGCUUUAUGGCAUUUCCACAAAUAUUUAUUGAAGUUCGACGGUAAGGGUGGAUACUUCUUUGGUAAGUUAGAUGCUGACAGAAGACUCAAGUUCGAACAAGAAAGAUUGUCUUUGGAGAAGAACUUGAGGGACUUGCCAAACUUGAAGGAAAGAUUAUCUGAGUUACAGAAGGUUUCCAACGCUCAACAUAAGAAACAUACCAAGUCGUGA